AUGAGUUCUCCCCUGGUGGUUGAUUAUAUUUAUGAAUUCGUCACUCUGAAACUGGGUUCAAAUAGUGAAGAUUAUGUUCGAGUAAUUGCUUCAGCUUUGAUUUUGAUCUCAGUAACUAUCUAUUUCCAAUUCAACAAAGUCAAGAAACCAACUCCAACUUCAAGUCCAAUUGAAAAGAAAGGAGGAUUCUAUCCCACGGAACCUUAUAAACCACUUGAAAUCAAACCAGUGUCCAGCACUUUCCAAUGGGAUAAAGAUCCACCCCUCAAAUCAUAUCCUUUCAAGAAUGCAGAAUAUAAAUUAACUAUGGGGAUCAAGACCUUAGACCCUCAGGAUUGGUUAUUGAUCGAACCAACUUACUUGGAUAGAGUUAAUACCAAGACAAAGCUAAUACAUAAUAGCCAUGAAAGUUAUCCCAAAGACAAAGAUAUUCGGGCAAGUACUUUGUUUAUGACUGAAGAAGCAGUUCCUGCUACAAGAGAACUUUAUAAUCUUAUCAUCAAUUAUAUGGUUGAUAAAUAUCCUAUGUAUUUUAAAAAAGUGGAUAAUCAUCAAAUUCAUAAUUUAAUCACAGAUAAGUUUCUUCCUCAAACUUCUGAAGGUGUUGAUCCUGAGAAAUGUCUUGAAUAUUUAGUUAAAAAUAUUGAAGAAGAUGUUAUCAUUCUAUUAAAGGAUCCAACCAGAGAACAUGAAAAGGAUGGUAGUGAAUAUUUCUUCAAAGCAGGGAUAUUUGCAUUUGCCGCAGGGUUUGAUCCUGCUGAUAGGUUCAAUAAACCACUUUCAUAUGUCCAUCAUCCUAUCCCAGGCUACGAAGAAAAAUUAAAGCUUUCUAUGAAUAGAGGGUUUAACAGAUUAGCUCCUGGUCAAUUCAUUACCAGAAACAACUUCUCUAUCCAAAGUCAUGAUUUAUUUUAUGUUGAUGAUCGGAAUAAAGGUCAUAAUAGACCUGUUGAUUUUGUUCCCACUCCAUUAAAAGUUGAUGAUUUGGAUUUUGAUAAUCAAGUUCAUUAUCGUAGUGAAAGACAAUGCUUAACUAAAUUACCUGAAUCUGGAGCUAUCAUCUUUACUAUUAGAACAUAUCUUUUACCAUUAUCCCAAGUAAAACAUGAAAGUACAGAAGUUCGUGAACGGUUAAUCGGGGCUAUAAAGGGAUUACCGGAAGAUAUUGCAAAGUAUAAGAAUGCGGUAGAAUGGGGUCCAGCCGUACUUGAAUAUUUACAACGAGAUGAUUAG